AUGCUAUGGCCAAAGGCCAAUAGGAAUCUAAUAUUGAAGAAAAUUGAGAAAUUUGAAGAAUUGUCUAAAGCAUUAGACAAAUUGAAAAUCCACAUACCUUGUGAAUUUGCUAAGAAACCUAAAACACUACUUGAAGUGAGUUCUUUGAAAGCCACUGAAUAUAGAAAUUUUGUACUUUAUACUGGUAUAGUUGUAACUUAACCUGCUUUACAAGAUGAACAAUGGAAACAUUUUUUUGGUUUAAGUGUGUCAAUAAUAAUUUUAUUAAUUCCUGAUUAUGCAAAGUACCUUUCCAGUAUACUUUUAGAUAAUUUUGUUAAAAAUUUUGAAAAAAUGUAUGGCCAUCUAUCUCGCAAAACAUUAAUGGUCUUAAACAUAGUUAUGAAGAUUAUGACCAAUUUGGACUAUUGGAUAAUUGCUCAGCAUUUCCAUUUGAAAAUUACAUAUGCUUAUUAAAAAGAAUGCCGAGAAAGACAAACAAACAUUAGAACAAGUUGUAAAUAGAUACAAAAAAAUGUGUGAGUUGAAAUCAACUAUAAAAUUAAACAAAUUAUCAUACCUGUUAGCUGGAUUCCACAAAUGUACCCCUGUUUUAGUGUGUAGUUGUUUUUAAGGAUGAUGAUUCAGUUGAAGCUGUACCUUCACAUUGGUACAAAAACCAAAAAUGUGCUUGGCCAAGAAAAAAUGAAAAAAAAAAUGGUAGAUGCAUAUCAUUACUAAAUGUAAUUGAAUUUGAUUAUUUAAAACCAUGUAAAUUGGGUAAUAAGGGCUAUUGUAAGUAUAUCUGAUUAUAAUUAUACACAAUAACUAUGAUUUCAUUAAAAUAUAUUGUCUAAAAUGAUAUAUAUGGAUACCUCAUAGGUAUAGUAUUUGUACUAUAUAUGCAUAUUUAUAUAAAUAUAUCUGAUAUUACAAUAUAGUACCUAUGAUUAGCUAAAUAUACAUUUUUUUCGUAUAAUUUAUGUUUACAAUAGUUUUAAAAUGGUUUUUUUCCAUAAAUUUAUGCAAUACCUCAUAACGAAGCAAAAAGAUUUGAAAUUACCUUGGACCUAUCUACUACUGAACUAUCUAAAACAAUCUAAAACUUACACCAUGUAAAAAACAACAGAAAAAAAAAAUUGUAUGAUAUAGAAUUGUGGAGUCCAGCUUCCUGUGACGAUUUAAGUAAUUUAAAAAAAAUCAUAAAUAAUAAUACAUUGAUUAAUAAAGUAUUAUAUGUGUCCCUUUUGUAUUUUAAGUUGAACAAGAAGACAGCAACACAAGGUAUUUGUUAAAUACACAUAUGGCAUUGAACACUGUAAAUGGUAAUUCCUUAUAAUAUAAGACAAUCAUUGUUAACUACAGUUAAUAUUUUAGUAAAUAAUAAUAAUGAAACAAUUUUGUAUACUAUUUCAUUAAUAUAAUUUCAGAUAUACCAACCAAUUCAAUGGUACAAACAGAUAACAUUGCUAGUGGAAUAUUAAAUAUAAAAAUAAAAUUAAGUUUGUGUGCAGAACAUAAUUUACCAGGGUCUUCAAAAAUUCAGAGAGGUUAGUGAAAAAUAAAAUAAAAAUACUUAUAUAAAAACAUAUACAUAUAGGUAGUAAUUAUAAAAUUAAUAUUUAAAACAUUUUAAGUUGUAUGAAUUCAACUGAGUCCCAGCACAAAUUAUUAAAAUGUUCAUUAUUAAUUGUUUAUGAAUUAUGUCUGUGUAAGAUCAAAUUGAGAUACCCCAAAUGAUACAUUGGUAUAUUUAAUCAGUAAAUCGUUGAAAUAUUCCUUGUAUAAAAUAUUGUACAAUUAUUUAUAAUUUAAUAUUAAUAAAUAUAUUUUUAAAUUAGAUCCAGAAUUUUGAUUUAAAUACUGUAAUUUUUACAUCAUUUUCCCCAUUUAAAGUGACAAAUGAAGAAAAAAUUGCACCACAAUCUCAUCAGCCACUUCAAAGGUCCUAAAAGAUGUUUAAAGGAAUCCUAGUGUAAACAGAAACAGAACAAAUUUGUUGGAUUCGUCAGCAAACAUUCAACCUGCUCAAAAAGAUGAAGUUUUAGGUAGAUAUAAAAUGUAUUAUAUACAAAUUUAAAUAUAAAUUUAAGUCCUAAAACUAUAUAUAUAUAUAUAUAAAUAUAUAUAUAUAUAAUAUACAUUGUAUAAUAAUUUUUAUCAAUAAUAUGAUAUUUUUUAGAACUUUUCUACAAAAUGAAUCGCACUAUUUAUAACAUCGAGCAUGAUAUUAUGUCACUAUCAGACAAAGUUGAUAAUUUAAUAAACAGAUUUAAAAAAACUGUGAUUGGUUUUGGUGAGCAGUUAGCUGUUGAGAAUAUAUUUCAAAAAGAAAUAUUAUUUGAAAUCCUUCUGUUAGAAACUGAAGAAGACUUGUUGUUUGAAUCCAAACUUUCCAAACAGGAAUUCAGAAAAAAAAAUUGA